AUGAAAAAAGAAUUUGUAGAAUACAAUAAAAAAUAUUUCAGGAAUAUACAAUUUGUGUAUGAUUUCUUGAAUAAAAUUGGAAUGAAAAAUAGUUUGAAUGAAUUAAAAAAAGAAAGUAAAAUAGAUUAUAUAAAAGAUUAUGAUUUAUAUUUUUUAGAUGGAAAUAAUCAAGAUAUUUCAGAUGAUGAAAAUAUAAGAGACGAAGAAGAAAAAGAUGAAGAAGAAAAUAUAGAUGAAGAUUUUGAAGAUAUUGAUAAAACAUUUUUUAUUUAUACUAUGAAUAAAAUGAACAAUUCUAUACUUUGUAAAGCUAUUGAUCUUUUUGAUCGGGAUAUAAAAGAAAAAUAUGUUCUUUUGCAAAAUGUUCAAAAUGUAAAGAAUAUAAACCAUAAGCGAAGUGAUAUAGAUGAAAAUCGUAAUAAUAUUCUUUAUGAAAACAAUGAUGAUGAUAAUAAUAUUAAUAAUAAUAUCAAUAAUAUCAAUAAUAAUAAUAGUAAUAAUAAUGCCGUUAAUAAUUUCGAUGAAUAUAUGUAUUUACCAGAUCAAAAUAAUUCUCUUACUAUACCUUUUAUGAAGGAAAAAAAAGAAAAUAUAUUUCUCAAAAAUGAUAAUAAGGAUGAUGAAAAUUUAAAAUUAAAUAACACAAACAAUGUGACACACAAAGUAAGAAUGAACUCAUAUAACUGGGAUUCAUAUUUUACUCAAGAUAAAGAAAUUUAUAAAAAGUUAAAUGUAUCCAUUGUACAUAAUGAUAUAACAAAUAAUAUAAAUGAUCAGACCAAUAAACCGUCAAAUAUUUUAUGUAUUCAGUAUAUUGAUAUAUAUCAUAAACAAAAUAAUAAAUAUAUAAACUGUGAAAAUAUUAUAUUUUUUCAAAGAUUCUUUCCAUUAUUCCUUUUAGUUGGUUAUGCAAAUGGAAAUAUCAUUUUGUUUUUAAUACUUUACCAAAAGGAAAAAAAUGAAAAAAAAAAUGAAAAAAAAAAUGAAAAAAAAAACAAAAUAAACGAAAUAAACGAAAUAAAUAAAAAAGAGGAAUGUCAUAAUGAUAAUCAUAUAUAUUUAUACCAACAAUUAGAACACAUAUCCUUAGGGUCUCCCGUUAUGCAUAUAGAUAUUAACUAUCAAGAUAAUUUAUUCAUCGCUUCAACCAUGAAUGGUGAUAUAUGUAUUUGUCAAAUUAAUAUGAAAGAAAUUGAAGAUAUAAAAAAUAAAUUGAUAGAAACAAAUGAUUUAAAUCAUGAUACAAAAAUAAAAAAUGAUAAUCCAUAUAUGUUUCUAAAAGAUGUAUUAAAAUACCAUAUGAAAUACUCAAUCCAGUGUUUGUUUAAUGAAGAUUAUUCUUUAUUUUGUUCUAUUGCUAAUGAUAAAAAUUUAAUUAUUUAUGAAAAAAUUGUAGCAAAUAAUAAAAUGAAUGAAAAAAUUGACGACAUUUGUAGUAGGAACAUAAAUAAUAACAUAUAUGAUGAUAAACCAAACUAUACAUAUGAAAAAAAAAAAAUUAUAGGUCUACCUGAUAUACCAACCAAUAUAUUAUGGGUUAAACAUAAUAACAAAGAGAUAAUCAUAAUAUCUAUGCUUAAUAGUAAUCAUAUAAUUUUUUUGAAUAGUUCAAAUUAUCUCAUAGAAAAUAAAUUAUACCUUUUCGAUUUAAGUAAGGAAAACAAUAAUGAACAUGAAGAAUCAAAAAAUGAAAAACACAACAUUUUAGCAUUAGAUUAUCAUAAAAAAAAAAAUAUAUUAGUUAUAUGUACAGAUACAUCAAAAAUAUUUGUAUAUUCCUUUAAAGAAAAAUCUAUAAUAAAAACAAUUUAUGGAUGUGUAUUAAAUUCAUUAUCUUUUCCAACCAUACAAAUAGAUAUAAGUGGUAAUUUUAUUUAUGUAACUUCAGAGGAUAAGGUACACGGUACAUACAUUUUAAUUUUUGAUAUAAAAAGUGGUAAUAUUAUUAAUACUAUAAAUAAUGGAUUUAAAAUUAGAUGCUUUCAACUUUUAAAAAAUUAUAUAUGUCCCUCAACUCUUAAAGUAAAUUCAAAUAAUAUUCAUACAAAUAAAAAAACAUUACUUAUAUUAGGCUCAUUUGAUAAAAAGCUCCAUUUUUAUUCUAACUAA